CGGGGUGACGGAUGCGCGUUCAUUUCCGGGAGACGGCGCUCAUGGAGGUUUCGGAGCAGCGAACCGUCUGAGGGGGUUCGGGGGCCAGCACCAUGUUCGGCUGCCUGGUGGCGGGCAGGCUGGUACAAGCAGCUCCUCAACAAGUGGCUGAAGACAAAUUUGUAUUUGAUAUACCGGACUAUGAAAACAUCAACCAUAUAGUGGUCUUCAUGCUGGGAACGAUACCAUUUCCAGAAGGGAUGGGAGGAUCUGUCUAUUUUUGUUAUCCGGACCCAAGUGGGAUGGCAGUGUGGCAGCUGCUGGGGUUUGUCACGAACGAGAAGCCAAGUGCCAUCUUCAAAAUCUCUGGUCUGAAAUCUGGGAAGGGAAGUCAACAUCCCUUUGGUGCCAUGAACCUCCCUCAGACGCCAACCGUGGCCCAGAUUGGAAUAUCAGUGGAACUGUUGGAGAACCUGGCCCAGCAGACUCCUGUUGCAAGUGCUGCUGUGUCAUCAGUAGACUCAUUCACAGAGUUCACUCAGAAGAUGUUGGAUAACUUCUAUAACUUUGCUUCCUCGUUUGCUGUUACUCAGGCACAGAUGACCCCAAAUCCCUCUGAAGCUUUCAUUCCUGCAAAUGUAGUUCUGAAAUGGUACGAGAACUUCCAGAGACGUCUGACACAGAACCCUCUCUUCUGGAAAACAUAAACCUAAAUUGUGUCAUUUGAAGUGCUUUCUAAACAGUGUUGUCUGAAAGAUGCAGCAAGUAACUCUGCUGAAUAAUGUUGGGGGAAAAAACCCAAAACGAUUAGUCUGAAUAGACAAAACUUGUAACUUUUAUAUUACUCUUGAAAAUUAUUUAAAAUUAAAAACCAUGAAAGCUACUAGCCUAUGUGUACUUGGCUGUAACAAGAAAUCAGUGUUGCAUGUGCACACGUAGAAAUACUGUUUUGAAUCUGCAUUUGAAGUGAAAAUAAUUACAAGAAGAAAAAUGGCA